AGACUGUGGCUGUGCAGUGGCCUGAAAGCCUAGAGGAGACACAUAUAAUGGAGGGCUCCCCUGAGCCCACGAAAGAGCUGUUGGACAUCAGCAGAGUCUUUUGAUUCUUUGGGGACUGAGGGAAGGGUGGAGCCUUGGGCCAAAUGCUGGGUCAUUUCAACUGGAACUGGGUGGCUGUGGAAGAGAGAUAUGGCUGCGGGAAGGAAGUCAGAGGGACAGGGCUGUGUCUCUGGUGAAGCCCGUGGCAAGAGGGGAGGGAGGGGCUCUGAGGGCGAGGUAAUUUGAGAGGAGGUGGGGGAGGGGGAGCUUUGUGUACUUCAAGGAGUAGAAGGCUAGAGCAAGCGGCUGGGUGAGUUAGACAGCAGGAGGAGCCACAAACAGCGGUUGAGCUAGGGAUAGGAAAAGGGAGUAUGAGUGUAUGAGUGUGUGUGUGUGUGCUUUAAAAUUUGCAUAUUUUCCCCCCAUGACAAAAAUAGGAUCGCACGCACGUGAGGUGUUUUUUUUUUUUUUUUUUUUUUUUUUUUGCACCAGCGAGCAGAAGUGACUGAAGUAAGCAGGCCAGGGCUCAGAGAGGCUCAGGGUGGCUGAAGAAAUGCAUUUUUACUGGCUGUAAGGCCUUCCCUGUAGAGGAGGGCCACAGCCGGCCGGAGAGCACCUGCUCCUGAGGCCCUGAACCCAGAAGAUCCCGUCAAGUCUCUACAGAAUGUUCCAGAAGCCUUCCUCCAGUCCCCUGGCUGGACCAGCUGCUUUGGAUGAGGAGACACCCCCGGAUGGAUCAGGUUUUCCGUAGAGAAUCACAGAGUUUGUGGGGUUCCGGAGCUUUCCCUGGCCCAGGGGCCCCAAGACGGGGUGGAACAGCCACACCUGCCUGAAGUUCUGAGGAAGAGGGCGGAAACAGACAGCGCCCCCGCCCUCACUCGCUCACCCCAAGCUUGCGAUAGGCUCUGCUGGGCGCUGGGUGCCACGCAGCCUCACUUCCCAAAAUCGGCUACUGUAGUUUUUAGAACCUGACAUCCCUCCCUGGUAGGUCCAGGUAGCAUGCCCGGGGUCAGUGUGGGCCGUGACCUUAGAUUCCCCGGGUGACUGUGACAGUGCCUCUGGAUGGAGCCAUGGCCUCUCGUGUUCCUGCUGCUGCUGCUGCUGCUCCUGUGGCUACAGAGCUGUGUCUCAGGUCCCUCCAAUGAGCACCUGUACAAGAAAGUGCAGCUUCGAGAAGGGCAGUCUCUGUCUGUGCAGUGCUCUUACAAGAACCGCCGGAACCGCAUGGAGGACAAGGCUUGGUGCAAGGUGAAGAGGAAGAAGUGCGAGGUCGGCUUCAUCCGGAGCUGGGUGAAGGGGCCCAGCUACUUGAUGCGGGAUGAUGCCAAGGCCAAAGUGGUCCACAUCACCAUGGAGGCCCUCAGAGUGCAGGACUCCGGGCGAUACUGGUGUAUGCGCAACACGGCUGGGAAUCUCUACCCGUUGGUGGGCUUCCAGCUGGAGGUGUAUCCAGGGACCGCUGCACCAACCCCCGUGACACACCACCAUCUCACCGACGUCAGUGACACUGUUACAGAGCACGGGAGGAGCACGGAGUUCCAGCCAGUGACCUUGUCUCCUAGCAACUCAAGACCCUUCUCUGCUGAUCCAGGGACCACCUCCACCGGGCACCUGAUGAGCAGCCUGUCCACCACAGGGAUGUGCCACCAGCUAACCCCCAGCAGGUCCCAGGAGACUUACCUCACUGCGAUUGUGGUGCUAUUAACAUUCCUUCCAGCACCCAUGGUGUUGGUCGUGGUCUAUGGGUUUUGGAAGAAGAGACACAUGGGAACAUACAACUUGGGCAGCAGCUCUGCUAAACCUUGGUUAGACCCUCCUGAAGGAUCAGAGACACUGUGGAAGCCUGCUUGGUCUAAGAUAACUCAGUGAGCUGAGAAGCCGUUUCCAGUGGACUCAGAAGGUCAGAAGAGGACUAAAGACCAGACAAUGGCCCUGAGGCACAAGGACAGCAGAGCUGCCUUUCCUUCACCCAGGGCCACUGUGUCCUCAGCUUCCUUCUGUUCCCUUCAAACCCUGCUAUAUGUUUGGAGACAAGAGCCAGGUCCCGGGAGCCCCUUGGAUGGCCAAAGUUUUCAGAGUCCUGUUCUGCUUGAGAAGGAACAGUGACUAAGACCUGGGGCCACAGAGGGGUUGGUAGAUGACCAAGGCUGCAUGUCUUCUGAUGUUCCCUGACUGUGGCUGCUGGUCCCUUCUGUCCUGGAAGCCUACAGAUAGCACCUUUCCACUUGUUUCCUGCCUGCUGGCCCCUUCAGGUCAGUGAAGGCCAGGCUCUCCCACUGAGGGACGCAAAGGCUAAAUCUGGGCUUUCCCUCUCCAGUUCCCGCUCCCAUGCUACACUGGUGAGCUCAUGGAGGAGACUGAGGGCACAGACUAAGCCAUGGGGUGUCUGUAGUCCCAUCUGGAGGGCCCCUCCUCUAGAGAUGGGUUGGCAUGGACCAAAGAAAAGCCACUUCUGAGAGAAGACCACAUGGAACUGCUCUGCUCAAAACAGUAGAGAGAACAGCACAGGGCUGGAGAAUGGCAAACCAGAUUCUAGGCUAGAAGUUCAGACACAUGGACACACAGACAUGGACAGACACAUGCACACAGAGGAGUGGGAAGAAGGAGGAAGGGAAAGAGGAGGAGAGGGAGAAGGAAAAAGAGAAGAAGUAGAAGAAGAAAAAGAAGAAGAGAGAAAGAGGAGAUAUCUGUCUUUGGGCAGCAAAAAUCCUGCUUGGAUCCAUCCCUCCUAGUUGAGCAACAGGGCCACUUCUCCAGGCAGGAGUGGAGACAACAGAGCUCAGGGCACUGAUAGCCUACUGACUCUGCCUCAUUCCUUAUACAGAGCUCAGACUACGCCUUUAGUGUCUAGAUCAUUGGUCCAGAGUUGAGCAGGAAUAGCUAUGGGCUGAACUGUCUCCUUACUAUGGAUGCCUACUAGCUCAUGGAGCCUGGAAAGACCCCUGGGGCCAAGUGCAACAUUGACACCCUCAAGCCUCAGCCAGGGACCUCCUGAAGAAAAAACAAGCACCACAGGCAGGUGGGUGACGCAGCUGGGCCUUGAGGAGCACUCCAGGAUGGCUUUGAAGAGAAAGGAAGGGCCAGAAGUGUAAACUUGGGGAAGAGAAGGGAGCGGGCAUCUCCUCUCUGCUUCCAGAAGAGAGUGACAGGUAAGACUUGGACUCAACAACUGACAAACAAGUUCUAGAAGAAUAGACACACAGACAGAUCCACACAGACAUGCACAUCUCUGGAUAACAAGCAGUCUGUGGAGAGCCAACACCACAGUGAGGAACUAGGGUAGAUUAAGUCACAGCACCUCUAAGGUCCCUACCUCCGUUGUCCUUUCAUUGGCCCUGACAACCCUGUUUCCUGCACAGAAGAUGGAGAGGCAGUCAUAAGGCAUAAGGACCAAUGUGCCAUUGUCCCUGUGUGACCCUAACCAAGCAAUGAACCCUAUCUGGGCCUCAGUUUUCUCUCUCUUAUGAAAGGGGACAAUAAUUCCUACCUCUAAAGAUUGUCUGGGGGAUGUGAUGAAAUGACAUAAAUACUGUGCCAUCUUGCAAUCAUCUUGUGAUUACUUCCCUGGAGUUCUUUUGUGCCCUGUUGUUCAUUCAGUACUGAGGGGCAUGUCAGUGUUCUUUCUGCUGCUGGUGACUAAAAUGCUCUGCCCAGGGGCUUCAAAGAUGGCUCGAUACUUAACAUGCUUAUUGCUCCUGUGAGGACCCAGGUUCAUUUUCCGGCAUCCACAUUGGGCAGCUCGUCCUGUCACUCCAGAUCCAAGGUAUAUGAUGCCCCUCUCUGGCCUCCGCAGGCACUUCACACACAUGGUGCAUAUAAACUGUUACAGCUACACACAAAUACACACAAAACAUAUUUUUAAAAUCUUUAAAAACAACAACAAAAACCAACCACUCUGACCAAAAGCAACCUAUGGAGGAAAGGGUUUAUUUGGCCAAUGCUUCCGGGUCACAAGCCAUCUUUGAAGGAAAUCAGGACACAAACUCAAGCAGUGACUGGAGCAGAGGCCAUGGAGGAGUGCUGUCUGCUGGCUUGCUUGCUUGCUUGCUUUCAGGACCCUGCUUAGCUGGCUUUCUUAUACAGCUCAGGACCACUUGCCCAGGGGAUGGUGUCCCCCAUGGUGGACUGGACCCUUCUAUAGCAACUAACAACCAAGACAAUGCCCCAGAGACAUGUCCCCAGUCUGCUCAGGGUUAUCCUUCAACUGAGCCUGCCUUCUCUAGGCUGUGUCAAGUCGACAGUUAAAGCUGAAUGUCAACCUCCUUGAUCUUAUCUUGUCUCCUCCUCUUCUAUCCUCACCACAUGGAUGGUGUGACUGUGUGAUGGGUAGUGAGUUUCUUUGAAAAAACACAGAAAUAUUGUAAGAUUGUGCCUUCAUUUUAACCCCAGGUGUGGGGAUGUGGGGCUGCUUCGGAUUGUCCAAAGCACCUGACUAUGACUUGGCUCAUGUUCUAGCAGAGGUGUGGUUUUUCCGGCUGCAGAUAGUUUCUGCGAUUAUGUGAUGUCUGAAAUUCUGGGGACUUUUCAGAGGGUACAUAAAUACUAAGGUCCUGAGAAGAGAAGUCAUUGUUGUUGGUUGUUGGGUUUUUGUUGGUGGUUGUGGUGGUGUUUUUUUUUUCUCUUUCUUUUCCUUCCUUCCUUCCUUCCUUCCUUCCUUCCUUCCUUCCUUCCUUCCUUCCUUCUUUCCUUUCCUUCUUUCUUUCUUUCUUUCUUUCUUUCUUUCUUUCUUUCUUUCUUUCUUUUUUUGUGUCUUUUUUGAGACAUGGUUUCUCUGUGUAGCCUUGGCUGUCCUGGAUUUGCUUUAUAGACCAGGCUGUCCUUGAACUCAGAGCCAUCCACCAGCCUCUGCUUCCCAGAGUGCUGGGAUCACAGGCAUGCACCAUUUCACUUGGUGGUGGUUGUUGGUCUCAGUUUGUUAAGUAGCCGUGUGCAAAGAAGAAACAACAAGAAGAAAUUACAUAUUCUGAUGGCAAAGGUCAAACUUGCCCCAAGGGACUUGGCACCUGUAAUCAGCAGGAAAU